AUGGCUGCUACUAGUACCAAUGCGGGGCUCCGCGGAACGCGCAAUCUGCUUCUCCUUCCGCUCGCCUUCCUGCUGCUCCUCGCCGCCAGCGCCGCGCAGCCCGUCCUUCACGCAUCCCCCUCCGCCACCGGCUCGCCGCGCAACAUCGCCCGCCGUGCGCUCGCUGGCGCGCAUUCCGCCGUAUCCCCGCACAGGCAGGAGCGCCGCAAGCUGUUCAGCUGGGACGGCGUGACCGUCGAUCAGAUCAUUGCCGGCAGCCUGGGCACGAUCGACGGUCCAGAGGACGACGAGGUGACGACGAAGAUCGUGGAGAUAUUCAUGAACGCGGGGUACAACGUGAUGGUCAUUCAGAGCGACCACUCCGUGCAGGGCGACCCGGCGUCCGCGGCGGUGGAGGUGUGGCACUUCUGGGAUAACUCCGAGUUCACCGUGUAUUACAAGCAGGGCCCCUUCUCUGUGGAGAAUCUUGGGAAUGGCGGGUAUGAGAACUGGGCGUUCGGAGGCAACUGGGUGCGCUACGGCGCGGAUGAGAAGGUCGUCGUGUUCUCCUGA